UAUGACUCCACCCUCAGCAUAAAACGGAGGGGAAGCGUUAGUCUUCGCAGACAGUACGCGCGCAGCGAACAAGACAAGACAGAAUCAUGGCAUCAAGGAUUUGGCAAACUCUUCUAGAACCAGGGCUGCUUCUUCUGCUUCAUCUAGCUGUAAAUAUAAUCGGACUCAGAUCAGCUGAUGUUGGACAUUCUCCUGCAAUUGUGUAUCAUGGGGUGGUUGGAGGAAAUGUCACCUUCUACUGUCCUGUAGCACAAAAAUCGCCACUGCAGUUUCUGUACUUCCAAAAAGUUGUUGCUGGAGACCCCAUUUUCUGUAAUGGAUAUCAUAGUUCAAAGCCUCUUCCAACACCACUUCCAAACACAGAAAUGGAUCAAAACUACACAAUGAUGCACAUCAGUGGACUAAACCUAUCUGACAGUGGGGACUACUAUUGUUAUUAUAUGCAUAAAGAUGCUGCAAGUGGAGAUCCCGUCAAGAUCCAUAUGUAUCUUAAUGUCACAGCUUUCUUCAGUAAGCCAGAAAUCACAGUCAAAUGUAAAGAAGAAAGUGGCAUCCCAUCCGAAUGUAAUGUGACAUGUCACUCACACAAUGGGUUACCAGGAAAACAGAUGAAGUGGAACGUUACUGGAAAUAUCAACAGGGAAAUGUUGAAGAUUCUCUCUAACGAUGAAAGUCCUCCCAGAGAAGAGUUGGUUAGCAUCUCCAGCACUGCAAAUUUCAACUGCUCUGUUGAUGAAGUGAAGGUAUCCUGCUCCGUGGACCGGUUCACCUCAGAGACCGUCUCAGUGUGUUCUUCUAAGGUCCCUCCCGACCCAUCUUACAAAUUCAGUUGUGCUGUGAUAGUUGCAACUGUUAUUUGUUCGCUUUUGGCGUUUGGCCUGUUUUUGUUUUGCUGGUUGAAGAACAGAACAACAGGUACUGACAAAGGGCCAGUAGAACAACACGUUGUAGAGGAGGUCAUAGUUCUAAAUAAUAUAAGAGAAGAGCCAAUGGGAUCAUGAAUAUCUACAAGAACAUUUGAACUGCAGCUCAAAUGUCCUGGAAUAUGGGACCUAAGCUAUUUAUCAGUCAAAUGCACAUGUGACUUAAAGACGGUGCAUGAAUGCCCACUGAGCCUUUCACUCACCAGGGAGUGACGGUAUGCUCUCAGAGCAGAAGGAAGUAUUUACAUUUAACUGGUGAAAUUGUGCGUCAUCAAACAAAAGUGGUUAACUUUCCAAAGAAAUGACAUUUCCGAUGGGGCGUGGUUCAUUGUGUUCUCAGCACACAGUGCAAAAGAUCGUCGAAUGGAAACCUCUACCAAAGACGAGAAGUAAAACUAAACCUCAUGAAGACUCUUUUGUUGCACUGAGUUUUGCUGGAAUGACUGCUCUACAUUCACAUUUGCAGAUCUGGUUUUGAAUGUACUGAUGUCUCAAGACUCUUAAGUGAGUCAUUUUGUACUAUUAUAAAUCAUUCUACAAAAAGAAAAAAAAAUGUUUUUAUUUAUAAAAAGGGUGUGCUUGUACCAGCAAAACUAGUAGCCUGGAGGAACUGUUCACGGCUUGAUGUCAGUAUUUUGUUUGCACAGUUAUGUGCACUGUGACGUUAUGGUGCCAGUUCCAGUAAAGUGCAAUAUUUAUAGAAUAAGAACUUUUUUCUUUUUAAAUAAACUUUAAGAUUUUCUUGGCUUCCCGUUUUCAUGUAAAAGAAAGUAACCAUAUAUGUUGGACUAUCAUGAGAUGUUUUAAGUUAUUGUGUCUCUCUUUUUUAUGAUAUACAAUAUAAUGUUUACUCUGUUUACACAGUUUAGGGAGAGGAGCUGUCUGGUUUCCCCCUGUGCUCUGAAUUACCAGACAGCUUCAAAAAGCUGCUUUCAUUUCCCUAAAAUGUGCAUCACAGUUCUCUUCAGGGACACUUCUGUUUUUUUGUUGUUUUUUUCUACGUGAUGAGAUUUUUUUAUAUUGACAUUGUAAGAAAACAAAUAAACUAUGUAUUUAAAUUUGAAUGAUGCUGGGGAAACAAAUGUACCUCGUCUGCAUAUGUCUGUAUUUAAAUCAUUUUGAAUUUUGAGAGAAAGGUUGUGCACACUGUUCUGACACUAAAGAGGUUACUGUGGUGCCACAAAAAAAAAAAAUUCAGUGAGAUUUUAUGUAACCAAAUUAGACACUUUAGUGCAUAACUGAAGCAUAAUGAACACAUUACAUCGUUAAAAAGCAAAUAAAAAUGUGCAGAGUGCAAGUA